AUGGAGGGAGGAGACGGUGCGGGGCCUCGUGGUGGAAAGCCGCCCCUGACGUCUCCCGCUUCGGUGUGGUCUGCUCCGCAGAGGUACGAAGCAGAGGCCGGCGUCGCGGAAGGGAAGGGGAGCCAGUCCUUGCUGGCUGUGCCGCCCUUUGCCAAGGAGCUGCACGUGGAGAUCGUCUGCUCGCCAGCCUACAGCGCCAGAGGAGUCUAUGACCGUAUUCUCUACAAGCACUUCGAAACACCCCAGCUUGUCCAGGAGGGAGACAUCGUAUGUGUUCCGACAUUCGGAUGCGCUGAGUUUCUAGAAGCAAAUUCAGACAAAUUCCUUAGAUGGCCAGAGCUUUACCUCAAAGUGAGGAAGAUUUUAGGCGUGGUGGAAGGCGAGCAGUCUGAGGGUUGCCUGGUGGACACCCAGAACACCUCUCUGUAUCUGGUGGGUUCAACCAACAGUGCUGUCCCAUCUUCCCCAGCCUAUGGCAGCCAUGAGUUCUGGAGCAGUUUGUCUCCUGCUGGACUUUCCGAUGUUGUGAAGCAGCUGUGUGGUGCCCUUCAGCCUCACCUGAACAGUUGGGCAACCGCGCUGAAUGGGGCAGGCAGCGUUCUCCUCUCGGGGCCAAGCGGCAGUGGGAAGCUGAUGGCUGUCAGAGUUGUGUGUAGCUGCCUUAACCUUCACCUCUUCAAGGUUGAUUGCGUUAGUUUGUGCGGUGACACCAGUGGAGCCACAGAGGAGAAAAUACAGAUGGCCUUCUCCCGGGCCCAGCAGUACCAUCCGUGUGUGCUUCUGCUGAAGGACAUAGAGGUGCUUGGUAGAGACCGGGACGGGCUAGGAGAGGACUCCAGGGUCAUUGCUACUCUGAGGCAGCUGCUGCUGGACAGAGACCCCGCACUGAGCAGCCACCCUGUCUUGGUGAUUGGCACAACAUGCAAGCCCCAGGAGGUUCCCACAGAUGUGCAGACCGCUUUCCUUCACGAGGUGAAAAUUGAAGCCCCUUCAGAAGAGCAGAGGAGGUUGAUGCUGAGCGCGCUGACCGCCAGCCUUCCUCUGGGCAAAGAAGUGAGCCUAGCCAAGCUGGCCCGCAGGACUGCGGGAUUUGUGCUGGGAGACUUCUGUGCCUUGCUGUCCCGCAGCAGCCGUGCCGCUUGUACCCGCAUCCGAGCUCUGAGUUUUCCAGGUGGACUGAGUGAGGAAGUGGAGAGAGAUUUUUGCACUGCUGGGUUCCCCGUGCUGGAGGAGGAUUUCAGUGUUGCGCUGGACCAGCUGCAUGAUGCCCAUUCGCAGGCAGCAGGAGCCCCAAAGAUCCCCUCUGUGUCCUGGCAGGAUGUUGGCGGGCUCCAAGAGGUGAAGAAGGAGAUCCUGGACACUAUCCAGUUGCCCCUGGAGCACCCAGAGCUGCUGUCACUGGGUCUGUGCCGCUCUGGCCUGCUGCUUUUUGGCCCUCCUGGGACAGGGAAGACCUUGCUGGCGAAAGCCGUGGCAACCACGUGCACCAUGACGUUCCUCAGCGUGAAAGGGCCAGAGCUCAUCAACAUGUAUGUCGGGCAAAGUGAGGAGAACGUGCGCAACGUGUUUGCCAGGGCCAGGGCAGCCGCUCCCUGCAUUAUUUUCUUUGAUGAAUUGGACUCCCUGGCCCCAAACCGUGGGCAGAGCGGAGAUUCAGGGGGUGUCAUGGACAGAGUUGUCUCCCAGCUCUUGGCUGAGCUUGACGGCCUUCAUUCCAGCAGAGGUGUGUUUGUCAUCGGAGCUACCAACAGGCCCGACCUCCUGGACCCGUCGCUGCUCCGCCCGGGGAGAUUUGACAAGCUGGUCUAUGUGGGCAUAAAUGAAGACCGGGAGUCGCAGCUGCAGGUGCUGAGUGCCAUCACCAGGAAGUUUAAAUUGGAUCCUGCUGUGAGCCUCCCCAGCGUCCUAGAAAAAUGCCCCACUCAGCUGACAGGAGCAGACAUCUAUGCGCUGUGCUCGGAUGCCAUGAUGUGUGCUGUCAAGCGCAAGGUGGAAUGGAUUGAGGAAGGGCUGGAUACAGAGAGCUCUGCUCUGGUCCUGACCAUGGAGGACUUCCUGCAGGCUGCUGUGAGGUUGCAGCCAUCAGUCUCUGAGCAGGAGCUGCUCAGGUACAGACUCAUCCAACAGAAGUUUGCUGCCUGCUAACCCCCAGCAGAGCUGAGCGUGGAGGGAGUGGUGAAGAGGAUGAUGUGGUAAAGGACGCAAGAGAAGGGGGGCAGAAGCAGUUGCCCUCCUGAUUUUCUCCCGUCACGCCUAGACCCUCUUCUUUUGUGCCUGGAGGAGCAAGCGGCCACGCUUUGCCCAGGUGGUGUUCUGCUCAGUCUGGCAGCGGGUCCCGUGUCGCUCCCUCACGUCCAGGGGAGCACCUCACGGGUGCCCAGGAGCAUACCAGGGUGACCUCCCAGCAGGUGGCAAGCUGGCAGUCUCGUGGUCGGGGGCAGCGUGGGAACGUCUCUGUGGGUGCCAGGCCCUUUGUUGGAGAGCGAGGCCCAAACUGCACCCGGUUUGGCAGCAGGAGGGGGCCUGGAGGCUCUCCCUUGUUGGGGUGUCAGCCCCAGUGAGGGGGUGCCGGCCAGAGCGGGGAGGGACGGCGAGUGAUGCUGUCGUGGCUGGCCUGGGCUUGAUGGGGACGUGGUAAAUAAA